AAGGUGUGCACAGUCCGAUUGCACGCGUCCUCCGAGACAGGCGAACGAGUGCGAGACAUGUGGACCAGCUGAAGACCCCUUCGACCCUUGCACGGAGCGCCCCGUUUGUCCAGUGCCAUAGCAGCUCGACAAACCAACGCGACCCGCUGAACCCUCGGCCGACAGGCGUCCGACGUCCCAACCAGAGAUCCAUAGACAGACCGAUUCCCUCGCCCAGACACAGUGCAUGUGUGUGAUUCGGACAAAAUGAGGGAGAAAAACUGCAAAGCGAUUUCGCUCAUUGGAUUAUUAGUGAUAGGAGUGUGUGUCUUCGCCAGUGCGAAUGCUGAAGCCGAUUGUGAGACGGGAUUCGUCGCAUGUAGGUUGGGCGUGCCUGAAUGUGUGAAGUCGACUCAAAUAAAGGACGGAAUCUUUGACUGCAGCGAUGGCAGCGAUGAAGGUUGCAAGGAAGGAAGUUUUGUUUGCAAAAACAAAAAGGAGUGCAUAGACCGCAGUAAAGUGCAAGACGGGGUUCCCGACUGCAAGGAUGGCUCUGACGAAGUUUGCGAGCCACUCCAGCACCGCUGCGUUUGUCCUCCCUUCAGAUGCGUUGAACCUGAAAACGUGAAAGAUGGGAUCAACGAUUGUGAAGAUGGUUCAGAUGAAGUUGAUUUAACGCUUGAUGACUGCAAGAAGAAAGUCAAUGGAAGCACAACGAUCAAAAGACAGAAACGGAGAGCUUCAGAUAUUGGAUUUGUCCCAGAAGAAGCAAGAAUGAAUCUAGCCACACGAGUCAUGAGCAAUGGUGUAGAAGUUAUUGUAGCAGACAGAUUUAGCAAUCAAGGAGAAAAUUUAAGAAUUGCACCAACAUCUGUUAUUGCGACAAUAGCAUCGCCAAGUACAAUUACAGAGGAAAUGCUGAGUAAGAUGCCUGCCGGAGAACAAGCAUUUUUUCUUUCUUCAAUCAGGUCCCAAAGCGCUCAUCUCCUCGUGUUUGAACAACCCACAACGUAUGUCUACGUUAGAAGCAAGGUUAAAAAUGGAAAAACAACUACAAUCACAACCGAAGACCUGAUAAUCAAUACGAUAACCAAGGCCACCCAUGAUAUAUCUGCAACACCAACCAUAAACAAAGUACAGUCAACGGUGUACGAAAACUUUGAAAAUGCAGUUUACGAAACGAAGGCGUUGCCAACAACUUACACAUACUUCAAUACUAUUGUGGAUGAAGAUGUACCAAUCGUCGUGACAUCAAAGCAAACUAUUGCCAACACUGUAACAAAAUUGCUAGACACGACUGAACUUCAGCCAUCUGAGCAAAUGUAUGAUACCAAUACCUAUUUCAGCACACACACUUUUACAAAAACAUUGGAAAACGAUGAUAAAUUGGUAACAACUAAACAAAAAAAUAUUGUUACUCAAGUGAUUGUUACCGAGGCUCCUUAUUUCAUCGCACAGUCAUUUAAAUCACAAAAAGUAAAUCCAACCGCUACAACAGACAUAGUUAAAACAUACUUUGUCACCUACACAUACUUGAACACAUACUUGGAAAAUGGAAGUACCGUGAUCAAAACAAACAUCGCUACCUCUUCAGAUGUAGUUACAGAGAAGUUCUACAGGAAUCAGGUGCGUGCUACUCUCCCAGAAUCUAUCAAAAUUACAGCAGAAAUCGGAAUUGCUCCGUCUGCGACAGUUGUUCCUGAUGCGAUCAAAGUUUAUGCCACCAAAACUUAUCUUACUACUUUCACAUACUUCACAACCUUCUUGGAAGGUGACAAAACUGUCACAAGCUCAAGUUCGAGAGUAACAUAUAGUGUGCAAACCGAACCAAUAACUGCGGGUUUGGAUUCAGCAUACCUCGAUUCAAUCAGAAGCUCUUUUGCAGCUCAGAGCUCAAACAAACCAAUAAUUACAACUGUUAUGCUUGCUGGAGAAGCUCUUGAAAUAACAGCAAUCAAUCCGAACACAGCUAAGCAGACAAUAAUAACUUCCACCACGCCAGUAGAAUCCUCUGUUGAGCAUAUUGUUACUGCUUCCACUUUGAAUUUUAUUGAGGAUGUCAAAAUCAAACCAACAGCUUCGGUUUACGAAAAACUGACGUCAAUCAAGCCCGCUCCAAUACAAAAUACUGAUACCCCAGAAUAUUUACUAAGCAACCUGGAUAAUAUUGCAAGCUCUUCGAAAACCAACCAGCUGUUAUCGACGAUAUCUGUUCCAACUUUGAACAGCGAAGACGAGGCAACAGCUACAGUCAAACCUUCCAAAAAGAGAAAGCCAAAACCAUCAAAGAAGAAACCAUCAAACGAUAAGGAUAAAUUGGAAGAAGAAAACUCUGAUGGUGAAGACUACGACUUUGAACAAGACUUGAAAGUUGCAGCAGCAGAUUUAACAAAUGCAGAGUCUCAAGUUUCUCCAGAUUUUGGAGUAAAUAAUCUUUUGACUAUAGGACAAAAUAGCAUAAAUGCAAUUAAUGCACUGAAGCCCGUUUUCAGCGCUGUGGCUGGUUUGAUUUCAAACAAUUUCGCGAAAAAAGCAGAUACGCCUCCUCCACAAUCGCCACCAAAUCAAUCACCAAAUGUUCACAACAUACAUAAUCAAGGACACCCAUUGUUUAAUGAAUAUGUUCAAGCCAAACACCCAAACAAACCUGCAGUUGCUGCAAAUCCAAUUUAUAUUCCAGUCCGCGGUUUGCCUAAUGUUAACAGUCAUUUGGCCUCAGAGAAGCACAUUCCUGGAACCGCAGAGAGUGUGAGCCCUAAUUUGCCACUAGAAGACAACGACAAAGCUAGUAGUGCUUGGAUUGAUAGUUUGCCAAUUCAAGGGGUUGUGGCUGAAAGAAUACCGUUAAUGGAGCGGCCAGUACAAUCUCAAAUCGUUCUUGGAAAGCAUCAGCAGCCCUUGGAAAGCCCCAUAAUUCAAGAUGGUAUUCCGAUUCAACCUGGCCAAAUUAUAACAGCUAACUCGGAUGUAAUUGUUGGAAGGCCAUCUGUAUUGGGUCAAAGACCACGGUUACCGAUUGCACCACCCAAUCAACACCAACAUCAGCCACCACGUCUCAACAGGCGUCCAAACAGACCAGAAUUGAGCGUUGUUCACAAUGACGCACAGCAAAUUGUUCAUCACAAGCAAGUUAUUCUACCACAACAUUCUCCUGCCAAACAACCUCCUUCAAAUGUUGCCAUUGGAAUGAAGCCACCACCACCUCAAGCUACAUUUCUAGGAAACAAGAAUCGGAUUCGUCCAAAUCAUCCCCCUACACCUGAUCUUCCAUUUGACAGGCCUCAAAUUCUGGUGCACCCAUCGAAUGUAAAAAAUGCAAUUGACAGAGCAACGAUGGGACUAACUCAGGCUCAUAUCGUCCGACCAUCAAGGCCAUUAGUAAUUGACGGAGGACCAACGUACUAUCCUGGAGAUUCUAAUGAACCAAUAAUUAGUGAGCCUAUACCUCUACCAGAGCCUGGAUUUAUUGCUGGAACUAGCAUAGGUCUAGCAGGUCACGACUCUUAUAAUAGCGAUAACGAAGGUCACAUUAUUCGGGGAACAAUCGGCGAACCCCCUGCUAGGCCACAGCAGUUGGGCUUUGACGAGUCUGUAUUGAAUCCUCAGCUCCCUGGCGCCAUUGUUCUUGACAAUCCAGAAACCAUGCCAAUUCUUCAACCUGGAUCAAAGGUUAACGUGCCGGUUACAGUCGGUGGACAUAUUUUUCCGCCUGAUUUCCGGGAUCAAAAACGUCCAGCACCCCCACAAAGGGUUCAUGAUGGAAGACCACCACCAUUCCGUCAACCACAAGAUACAGUAUGGCCUGGUCAAGUGCAGCAUCACAUUCUGGACUCUCGACCGGGACAAAAUAUACAUCACAUUCCGAUCGGUGCUAGGCCUGUGAAAGUUGCUCCAAAUAUUCCCACUCACCAUGGAAUUGGUAUUGAUCACAAACCACAUGAACAAAGGCAACCAGAUCAUAGACAACCGGAUCAUAGGCAACCGGAUCACAGGCAACCGGAUCACAGGCAACCGGACCACAGGCAACCGGACCACAGGCAACCGGAUCACAGGCAACCGGACCACAGGCAACCGGAUCACAGGCAACCGGAUCACAGGCAACCGGAUCACAGGCAACCAGAUCACAGGCAACCGGAGCAUAGACAACCAGAGCACAGACCUCACGGAAAUCAUCACAUUAAACCAAAUUUCAAUGAUCAAACACCGAUUGAUAUGCUUCCUCCACCCGAGCCACCUAGACACUACCCAGAGAAUCCACAAAUUAUUGUUCAUGGUCAAAAUGCAGGCCAAUUGCAAGUGAUAAGCGUAGAACCACACAUACAUACACAGAAACAAAAUGAUCAUCAGACUGAAGAUAUCAUAUUCAACCCGAAUGGCAAUGAUUGGGAUAAUUCGAACGAACCAGUUGGUUCAGAGGGCGAGGAAGAUGGUGAGGUAAUUCAGGAGACGGAAAAUCGGCCAUUGCUUCCUAACGUACUGCCAGCUGACACGAUUUCUAACAAACCAGUGAGGGUUGAAACAAACUCCGAGAGCGUAGGUUUCCCAAGGGAACCGAUAAACAAGAAACCAUUUGAACCAGAAAGUGUACAUAUAGAAACAGUACGACCCGGCAUUGUUGAUGACGUUAUUAACACAGGCCCUAACUACAACAUAGGUCAUAAUAUUGACUCAGUUAUCAAGACUAGAAGCACGCCUAGGCCAUUUAUCUUUGGCAAUAGAAUGCCUUCAACUGAAAUGAAACCACCAGCACCAACAGAAAACGCAGAUGUUCAUGCUGUGCAAAACAAUAUUGACAAAAAGAGACCAAUAAUUACUGGAAAUUCGCAAAACCCUCGAUUCCCAGUUGUUGAUACAAAACUGCAAGAUAAUCAGAACAAGCACCCAUACGAGUACGAGCGGCCAGGAAUAUUCCAACCUCAUUUGCCUCCAUCGUCUGCAAGACCUCCGUCUUCAACUUCAAGACCAAAUGAUGUCGCGAGUCCACCAUUAACUUCAGCCAAUCCACCCUCAUCAUCUCCUAGACCUGUGCAUUCAUCUAAGAGACCACCUGCUUUCUCUGUUAGACCAAUUAUACCAAAUGUACCUUCAACAUCAUUGCGACCACCGUUUAUCAAGGACAGUGUUUCAAGUGGAUCAUCUCUCGCAGUUCCACCAAUUCAAUCAUUCGAAAAUUUGACUGAAACCAGAAUACCACCAAGGCAGCGCCCACCACCACCUGGUAGGCCAAUUGCGACAAGACCUACCAGAUUGCCCACGAGGCCAAUUCCUGAAGAAAUCCUUCAGCCUCCUGCUCCACCUGCGUACACAUCAGAAAUUGAGUCUUCCAUUAUUGAACCUGAAGUUGUCAUUACAACAGUUACAACUGAGAGCCAAGAAUACUCUGAUGACUAUGACGAAGAGAGUAUUUUCAUUAACCCGACGAAAACGGUGACAGUUUUUGAAACUAUUACUUCGACCAGACCUCAGAGAGUUAGAACUUCAGUCAGAACCAAGAUUCGCCCAACUAGUGUUGACCUUUUGCCAAGCACCACUAUCAACCAGUUUGAAGAACACAAAAAUACAGUUACAGAAACGGCAACAAAUAUUCUUGCUGCAGGAAUAUUCAACAACAGACCAAGAGUUUCAAGUAAGCCAUACUCCAACAUUGUACGCAACACUUCAGAUCGCAUAGUCAUCAAACCAGUCACUUCAGUUAUCACAAUGCCCUCAAAGCCAUCCACUAGAUAUAUUACUCAAACAGAAACUCUGACGAUUACUGCGACAGAAACAACUGUCAUCAGCAGCAGAGGUCAGCCAUACACCAGGACCGUAAUUGUCACUCAAACUGAGGCUCCAAGAACUGUCGUCUCAACAAUCGUGGGUACCAUAACUGAAAUUCAUACGAUUGAUCCCAGCACAUACACAACAACCAUCUCAGCAACUAUUGCUACAAAGCAUGUAGAAGUUACAACGACAGUAUACCAACCACCUUACGACAGCUACCCGUCCUUCACUAUUAGACCUAUUGGUGAUGUUGCUCCAAUUCCAACCCAUGUUGACGAUGAUGAAGCUGUUCUAACAAUUGACGAAGGUGACAAUGAAGUAAAUAAGGCUGUCGCACCUGUGGUCGUGGACUCCGAUUUUAUUGACAAAGAAUCGAAGGCAUGCGAACCAGAAUGCAAGGUCACUAAGAAUGAAAUGUGCAAGGUGUAUGACGGGGCACAUAGAUGUGUAUGCAGACCAGGAUUUGCCAGAACCUUCUUCGAUCGGCCUUGCACUCCCACAUACACUUACCAGAUGAAAAUGCUACUGGACAACAUUCAAGGAAGGCAAAUUUCAUUCAAGCCAUCAUUGGAGGAUGAGGAGAGCAAUGAUUUUAAAAUCCUGUCAAAUGACGCUAAGGAUGGUGUUCGUCGUACAGCUAUGCGCUCUGAUUUGAGAGAUAUUUUCCAAGGAACCACAGUCACAGGUUUUGAGCCUGCUAAUGUUGACAGUGAAGCUGACGGAGUGAUGGUCAAGUUCUACGUUCAGCUCUCCGAAAAUAUCGACGAGGCAGAGCUCGAAGACAAAUUUAAGCAGUCUUUGCGAAACACGAACUUCAGCUUGGGUGGAACAGAAAUGUUCGCUGCAAGAGAAACUAGAUUGGCCACGUCUGAUUUCGACGAGUGCAGCAGCGACCAGUUUAACGACUGCUCCAAGGACGCCGAGUGCUUCAAUUUCAAGGGCACCUACACUUGCAGCUGCAAGGAAGGAUUUACUGAUUUGUCUCCGAGCACUAAGUACCCUGGUCGCGAGUGCACGUCAGAUUUGCUUGGAUGCACCAAAUGCAACUACCAUGGCACAUGUUUGCCUUCAAGACCUGGUGAUAGCAGAGUGUAUUGCGACUGCUUCCACUGGUACGCAGGAGACACAUGUUUCAUUAACCUAAAGGUUUUGCUCAUCGCUUUGUUGACUCUCGGCGCGGUGAUGCUCCUCGUUUUGGUCAUGUGCUCAGUGCUAACUUGCAUGAGGAAAAAACAGCCGCAAGCUCCUGGUAACCAAAGAGCUUCUGGUUUCAUGCGGUACAGAGGCAAUGCUGGACAAAUGAGAGGCACUCUUGAUAAAACAGCUAUGAUUCAAGACACAAGCAGUGAGAGCAGCGUUGAUGGGAAUGCCAUGCAAUACGUGGCCAACUCAAUGCGUCCUUCGGGAUCAAGAGGUCCGAAGGGCGAGGCUGGCGUGCCGCCCAGCGAGGGCAGUUACGUGAUGGAAAAAGACCGUUCGCUGACAGUGAUGAUUCCACGCGCCAAAUACCGGCCCGUGCAGUCUACGUCGGUGCUGUCAACGUUCGCGCCUCCAGCGGCUGGCGCCAGCGAGCAAAAGCUCCUCAACUACCUCGAGGGUGGCUCGCAGGAGAAGAAGCAGCGCAAGGGCAGCGGCUCGACGGAGCGGUCACGCAAGCAGUCGGCCGGCGCUUUGGUGUCAGCCGGCUUCGAAGUGUCGGCGCACGUGAGCCGCCAGAACGACCAAAUGACCCUAGUCAGCCAGCGCUCGGGUCGCACCACCCUGCGCACCGCCAACAGUGAUAUCGAGAUGGUCGCACACCGUUCCGAUCAGAUGGCGGCAGUGGUUGCCGACUACAGGCGUACAACCGCCCCCACCCCACCCCCAAUGCCCCCAGUGACUAUGUCCGAGGCCCGCUCGUACGACGAAACGCUCGUUCAGCCGGCCAUGCGCAGCAGACACGGCUGCAGUACCUACGGCUCAAAGCCUGGCUCGUCCAGACACGACGAGGGUCAAACAAUGGCAGAAAGAGACAUUGGUUCCACUUUCAUGAUGCCCCAGUCACACCUUUACAAACCCGCUAGGAGAGAUGGAAGCGAAGCCUCCAACUUUGACUCACUAUAAACCUAAUAAAAUUUAAGGACCUGAAGAAGUAGUCAAAAGAGCAGCUGUUUGCGCGAGGACUGAACAACGACACUACUGAAGACUGUGACCUCGUCCGCCGCCUUCUUCAAUCAAUCAAUCAAUCACAUACACACACAGUUAAAUUAUUUGCUCAGGAACACUGCGAAGACAGUAUCAAACGUAUUGCAGCCCAAGUGCGCGAAAAGGGACGCAGAAGUGUGCAAUCAGAAAGUGUGCUCAUAUAUAAUAAUUUAUGAUUUGACGAUACUUAAUAAUUAUUGUUAAAAAUCAAUCAACGUUGCCAAUGGAGGGCGUGCCGAGUUAAUUCCUAGCACGUUUCUCACCCACGUGUGUUAAGUCCAUAUUAUUAUCUUGAUUUUAAUCCAGAAUGAUGUGUAGAUAAUUUUAACUGUAGUAUCAUUCACGAAUUAACUCGAAAUUUUAGGGCAAUUACGAAGGCGAAUUCUCCUAAAAUUUUGACUGUAAUUAGUUUUUUAACUACAACAAAGAGCGUCAAGCGCUCUUUCGUAUCCCUUCCACGUGUUUGAUACGCACGAGAUGACCACAGGUAUUUAUUGAGAGCCGAGACACAAACUGCUCUCUUUAAUUCCAAUUUAUGUUAAUUGGUCUGUGAAACUGAUUUGAUGCAGAGAAAAUGUGUUAUAAUUUAGAAAACAUGUACGCAUCUACCUAUUAUGGAUUCUGCAUUUUAUAUAUGGAGUCUGAUAACGCCAAUAUAAAUAGAAAUUAAUAACAUUUUGCAUGUAAGCGAGACAAAUAAAAGUAUUAAUAAAACUAUAUGGUUGUUAAAAUACAA